CAACAUAAAGAAAACAAACAAAACCAAAGAGAAAAACAUCCCAUUUAUGUGACUUCUUCUUUCAUCUUCAACACUUCUCCCACAAGAAUCACCCAUUUUUCCGCCAUUAAUUCCCCUCCAAGCUUUCACAACAUUACACACACAUCCUCGUACCUAUACUUACAAUCUUCUGUAUCUAUUUUCAAGAAAAUGGGAAUGAGAGUAGUGUUAUUACACACUCUCUUGGUUUCCAUUUUAUUACAUCAAACACUUGCGAUGUUAAGCCCAGUUGAUUUUCUAGCACUCCAAUCUAUUCGCAAGUCAUUACAAGACAUGCCCGGUUCACAUUACUUCGCUUCGUGGGACUUCACCGCCGACCCAUGCAACUUCGCCGGCGUUUAUUGCUCCGGCGAUCGAGUCAUCGCCUUGAAUCUUGGUGACCCACGAGCCGGUUCGCCCGGUUUAUCUGGCCACCUUGAUCCUUCCAUUGGUAAACUCACUUCUCUUGCUGAAUUCACUAUGGUUCCGGGUCGGGUCAUGGGUAUUUUACCACCCGCCAUCUCUCAGUUGAAAAAUCUUCGGUUUAUUGCUCUGAGCCGGAACUUUUUCUCCGGCGAGAUUCCGGCCGGUUUGGGUGAGAUUCGAGGGUUAAGAACGUUGGACUUGAGUUAUAAUCAGUUCACCGGAAAUAUUCCAUGGUCAAUCGGAAGUUUGCCUGCGUUGAGUAAUGUGAUUCUCAGCCACAAUCGUCUAAACGGUUCGAUUCCCCGGUUCGGUUCCUCUUCUCUGACCCGGCUUGACUUGAAGCACAACGACUUAUCGGGGCCGAUCAUGCAAGAUUUUCUCCCCCCAUCGGUUCAAUACUUGUCUUUAUCAUGGAACCGGUUCAGCGGCCCAGUGGACCGGGUUUUAUCUCGUUUGACUCGGCUAAACUACUUAGACCUUAGUCUAAACCGGUUCUCAGGUAACAUUCCAGGUAUUUUAUUCACAUUCCCUUUAUCUAAUCUUCAAUUACAGAGAAACUUUUUUACUGGACCGGUUCAACCGGUUGAUCAGGUGCGGAUCGCCACAGUGGACUUGAGCUUUAACCGGUUCUCGGGUCAAAUAUCACCCUUAUUCUCAUCGGUUCAGACACUCUACUUGAAUAAUAACCGGUUCAUGGGUGAAGUUCCGAGUACAUUUGUGGACCGGUUAUUAGAUGCCAGCAUACAAAUAUUAUAUCUACAACAUAAUUAUUUAACCGGGAUAUCGUUAAAUCCAACGGUCGAGAUUCCGGUUCAGAGCUCAAUAUGUUUGCAGUAUAAUUGUAUGGUGCCUCCUGUUACGAUGCCGUGUCCACUAAAAGCUGGGAAUCAGAAGACAAGGCCUACUGGACAAUGCAUUGAGUGGAAAGGGUAGUUUGGGUAUUUAGAAAUUUCACUAUAGUUUGAUAAUGUUAGUAAUUUUUUGUUGUGGUGGGGAGGUUAAUUGGUUUAUUUAUUUAUUUUUUGGUGGAAAUGUAAGUUAAAUGUGGAUAUUAUAUAUAUUUUAUAUUAAAGAUUCAACUCUUUAUGAGAUAUAUUGGA